AUGGCUGGCGGGUCCGGGCAGGAGACAGAGGCUGGUGACGGCAGCGGCGGCGGGAUGGCGCCCAACUAUCAUGUGAGCCUCAACGAUGCCGAGGCCAAUGCCGGACGAGAGUACCCGUCCAACUUUAUCCGCACUGCCCUUUACACCAUCAUUACCUUUCUCCCGCUCAAUCUCUUCACCCAGUUUCAGCGCUUCUCCAACAUCUACUUUCUGCUCACCGCCAUCGUCUCGCUCACACCGGUCUCGCCGCUCUCGCCCGUCACCACCAUCUCGCCGCUGGUCUUUGUCCUCACCACCACCGCCAUCAAGGACGCAUAUGAAGACUACCAGCGUCACAAGGCUGAUCGCGCCGCAAACGCUGCAGAGUAUGAAGUUUAUCGCAACGGCCACGAGGCCUGCGGCUCGGCCGCCACCCCGAGGCUGACCACCCUGCAAUCGGCCGAUCUCGUGGUUGGCGACGUCCUCAAGAUCCACAAGGGUCAGCUAUUUCCCGCCGAUCUAGUGGCGCUAGCUUCGUCAGAGGACCACGGCCUCGCCUACGUCGAGACCGCCAAUCUCGACGGCGAGACCAACCUCAAGCGACGGUUCACUCCGCCGGCGUGCGCCGAGCUGCGGACGCUCGAGCACGUUGCCGCCGUCGCCGGCGAGAUUGUGUGCGAGCCGCCAACCGUCAAGCUGUACAAGUUUGAGGGCACCGCGGCGUACGCCGACGGCUUGCGCGAGCCGCUCACCCACGCUAACCUCCUGCUCCGUGGCUCCAAGCUCCGCAACACCGAGUACGUGUUUGGCGUCGUCGUCUACGCCGGCGUCGAUACCAAGCUAUUCAAGAACCUCAAGAUGGUGCCGGCCAAGGUAUCACGGGUCCAGCACCGACUCAACAAGGUCGUCCUCGGCAUCUUCUUGCUCAACGUCGUCAUGCUCCUCUCCGCCGGCCUCAUGUCCGGCAUCAUGCAGUCGGAGCACACUGCGACAGCCGACUACUUUGGCUCCAUUGCCCACGAGUCGGCUGCCGAAGUCGGUGCCCUCCACUGCAUCUCAUACUUUGUCCUCUUCACCUACCUCAUUCCCAUCUCGCUCUUUGUCUCGGUCGAGAUUGUGCGCGUCGGCCAGCAGCUGUUCAUGAACUGGGACGCCGACAUGGCCGCCGACCCGGACAACGUCGCCGAAACCGGCAUGCUCUGCCGCAACUCGAACAUGAACGAAGAACUCGGUGAAAUCGACCACAUCUUUGCCGACAAGACCGGUACCCUCACCUGCAACGUCAUGGAGCUCGCCCAGUGGUCGGUCGCCGGCACGCUGUACGACCAGCGCGACGACCCGGCUUGCCUCGCCGGCGCUAUGAUUGGCGCUGCCCCGCCCGGCUAUGCCGCCGCGAGCGCCGCGCGCAAGAAUGGUUCCGGCAAGGCCGAGCAUGGCAAGGUCGCCAAAGUGCCACAGGCUGCCGCCAGCCAGCACAAGGCCGCCGGCCCGCCGUCAGCAGACAUCUCGCUCUCCAGGUUCGAGGCGCCGAGCUCCUCUUCAAGCGAGACCACGAGCUCGAGCGGUGAGACAGUCGAGAGCGAGCAGCAGAGCGAGGUCGGCGAGUCGCCACAUCCGCGCGACGUGGUGCAGUACCUGCGCGCGAUUGCGCUCUGCCACACGGUGGUCCCGGAGCUUCUCGACGACGGAACCCGCAACUACGAGGCCGAGUCGCCGGACGAGGCUGCGCUGGUUGAUGCCGCCGCCGCCAACGGCGUUGUCCUCCUCUCAACGGCCGGCAACGGUAUCACCAUCUCGGUCUGCGGUGUCGAGGAGAACUACCAGGUCGCCGCUGUCCUUGAGUUUACCUCAGACCGCAAGCGGAUGUCGGUCAUUGUGCAGGAUGCCGCCGGCGAGUACAUGCUGUACAUCAAGGGCGCCGACAAUCUCAUUAUGGACCGCCUUCGCCCCGACGAGCCGCUGCUUGCGCCGACGCAGAGCCAUCUUGAGGCCGCAGCACGCGAGGGUCUGCGGACGCUGCUGGUGGCCCAGCGGACGCUCGACCGCGCUGAGACGGAGGCCUGGCUUGCGGCCUACCGCGAGGCGCAGACGCUCGCGGUCGGUCGUGCCGAGGCUGUUGCCGCCGCCUGCGAGGCCAUCGAGGUCGAGCUCGAGCUCCUCGGCGCCACCGCGGUCGAGGACAAGCUGCAAGUGGCCGUGCCCGAGACGCUCGAGUUUCUCCUCCGUGCUGGCGUCUACGUCUGGGUCCUCACUGGCGACAAGCGCGAGACGGCUGAAAACAUCGGAUACUCGUCGCGGCUCCUCGCGCCCGAGGUCGACCUCAUCCGGCUUCUGGCAGACACACCGGCCGAGCUUGAGGAGCUCAUCGCCUUCCAUGAGGCGCGGAUCGGCGACGACGCUGCCGCUUCCGACCAUGCGCUCAUCACUGAUGGCCACACGCUUGCGCUUGUCCUCGAGUCUGCCGGCCCGCGCUUCCUUGACCUGGCGCAGCGGUGCGGCGCCGUCAUCUGCUGCCGCGUCACGCCACUGCAAAAGGCGCAGGUCGUUGCGCUUGUCAAGGACAACCUCGGGCGCAACACGCUUGCCAUCGGCGACGGCGCCAAUGAUGUGUCGAUGAUCCAGACUGCGCACGUCGGCGUGGGCGUGGUCGGCAAGGAGGGCAACCAGGCGGUCCGGGCCUCGGACUUUGCCAUCCACCAGUUCCGCUUCCUCGCGCCGCUGCUGGUUGUCCACGGCAAGCGGUCACUCAUCCGGCUUGCCCUCCUCAUCCAGUACUCGUUCUACAAAAAUGUGGCCUUUAUCUUUCCGCAGUGGCUCUUUGGCUUCUACUCGCUCUGGUCGGCCCAGAUUGUGUACGACGAGAUCAUCCUCACCUUUUUCAACAUGGCCUUUGCCGCUCUCCCGCCGCUCUACUUUGGUCUCUGGGAGCGGCGCGUGCCUAAGACGCUCCUCCUCGCCCACCCGCAGCUGUACAAGGCGCAACGCGACUUGUUCAACCUCCGCUCGGUCUUCACCUGGCUCGGUGCAGGCCUCUACCAUGGCAUCGUCGCCUACUUUACCGUCUUUCACGCCACCGUCGGCGACGGCGCCGUCUAUGCCAACGGACAGGUCGGCGGCAUCUGGGUCCAGGGCUACUUUCUCUCCACCAUCCUCAUCGUCGUCGUCCUCCUCAAGGCCGCCCUCCACACCUCGCACUGGACCUCGCUGCCUUUCUACCUCGUCAUCUCGGCUCUCUACCUCGAGAUUUCGUAUGGUACCUUCAACGAGAGCGUCCUCGGCACCAUGUCAGCCACCCUGGCCUCGCCCUCAUUUUGGUGGGCCUUGCCCAUCGUCACCACCCUCUGUCUCCUGCCCGACUUUCUCGUCCGCUACGCCGCGCACACCUUUGCGCCCGAGCCGUGGGUCAUUGUCCGCGAGCAGGCCCGCCUCGCCGGCAUCUCCGAGAAGACCACCACUGGCCGGCGGCUAGAGCCGCAUUCGCGGCAUACGUGA